AUGCAAAAAGUAUUGCGGCAAUCUGUGUUCGCCAUGCUUAAAAGCCUGCGAAUGGUAAGUUAUACUGCCAGUAGGUUGCUCAAGGCGAGUAUUUCUGACGCUCCUACAGGACCUGCCCUCAUCAUCGAUGCCCCGUUCCAUGUGGAUCGGUACGUUCUUAGGCUCAUUGUGAAUGGCCAUUAUUCCAGGUCUGACAAACUAACUAAGGAUGCGGUCAUCGUUGCCCAUCAGAUCUGUCCUAUAUGUGCUCCGAUUGAACUCAGGCGCGCAGUUGUCGAUCCAGGUUCUCAACGUACACUCGACAGCUUACCUCCCCGGGCAUUGACGAUCGAAGACCUCAUCAUCACACUACCCGGCUGUCGACAUAUUUUCACAGUCAGCGUCCUGGACACUGCUUGUAGGCUGAAGGAAUGGUACAUCUACGAUGACAGCUUGGGCCGAUGGACCGGGCUCCGCACUCCCGACUCCAGGUCUUCGGCAGGCGAAAUUCCAAUCCUUCCUCUUUGCCCUACAUGCCGAACGCCCAUCACUGCUGCACGAUACGGUCGUGUCUACAAGGCCGCCAGCCUCGCUGUGUUGGAACGGAACACCAUCCACCUCACGAUCCCUUCCCUCAAUUCCGGCAAAGUAUCCGUCCGCCAUAUGGCCCCCAGUCAAAUCGAGCUCGGCCUCGAGGAGGCCAUCUUCAAGCUUGACUCGGCCAGCAUCAUGAGCAUCAAGAAUGUCACGCAACUAGCGAGGUAUAACGGCGGUCGUAAACUACUCCAGACCGCUGCGGCUGGUCGAAAGGGCCCGUUUCCAGUUCAGUCGUUGGACCCAAUGAAUAAAAAAGGGCCCAACCCAUCGCCGCAGAUUGCCAAGAUAUGGAGAGCGGCGACGCGACCCUUGUUUGACAUAUUGGUCCGACUCAAUAAGGUAGCCAAUACUCGCCCCUUGCACACGACAGCCUGGGAUUCGGCAUACUCCUAUUUACUGGAUCAAGAGGUCAACAUGAUUGGCAGUGCUGGAGUUGACCCCGCAAACGGAUCGGGAGACCAGGCGGCGCGCGCUGCACGAGCUCAAGUCGGGCAGCAUCAGCCUCGCUUCCAUCAACAACUUUUGGUUGAAGCGAUAUUGUUGAGCGUGCAUACCAGGCUUAUCCUUGCUUCCCUGGUCAUCCUGCUUCUCGACCACCUGGCCGACAAGCCUGUAACGAGGCUGGAAUUGCAACCAUGGACCACUUAUUGCCACUUCAUUCAUGAGACCUGCAGCGAGGACACCUUCACCGCCGCCGAAAUUGCGAAGGAGGGCGAUGCGCACCGCCUCCAAACGCUAUCUCAACUUUACGUCCUUCGAGCAGAACUCGAGUACCUUCACUUCUCCUACAACAUGGCCAGUCGAUUUGGAAGUGUUGCCGAGGCUAGCGGCCAGCUUCUGGGUGCCAUCGCAAGACACAAGACUACCACCGAGCGCAUUAGUCAUGACGCCAUCCGACGACAUCUGGCGUUACUACCACAGGACGGAAUAUGGUUCAAAGAGAAUUUCUCCACGCCCAUUACCAGGUUCGAUGCGGCGGCUGUGUCCCUCGAGCGAGCAGUCAAAUUCGGUACGACGACGUAUGACCCUUCUGCUAUAGAUUGGGUGCGACGGCAUAUCCCUCCAUCCCUCUUGACUUCUCAUUCGAUCAAGGACCACUGGCGACAUUGUUUCAAUGGCCACGCAUACACUGUUGGACCCAACCAUGGAUGCCCUGAGUGUGGGGAGUAG